AUGGCUGCUCCUGAAAUCCCCAAGAAGCAAAAGGCUGUCAUCUACGACAACCCCGGUACCGUCUCUACCAAGGUCGUCGAGCUGGAUGUACCUGAGCCCGGCGACAAUGAAGUCCUGAUCAAUCUCACUCAUUCCGGCGUUUGCCACUCAGAUUUUGGUAUUAUGACCAACACGUGGAAGAUACUACCCUUCCCUACUCAGCCCGGACAAGUCGGUGGCCAUGAAGGCGUUGGCAAAGUGGUGAAGCUCGGCGCGGGCGCUGAAGCAUCAGGAUUGAAGAUCGGGGACAGAGUCGGUGUUAAGUGGAUUUCCAGCGCCUGUGGGCAGUGCCCUCCAUGCCAGGACGGCGCCGACGGCCUCUGCUUCAACCAAAAGGUAUCAGGUUACUACACCCCUGGCACAUUCCAGCAAUACGUGCUCGGUCCUGCGCAAUACGUUACCCCAAUUCCCGAUGGCCUCCCAUCAGCCGAAGCGGCGCCCCUUCUCUGUGCCGGUGUCACAGUCUACGCUUCUCUUAAGCGCAGUAAAGCCCAACCAGGUCAAUGGAUCGUCAUCUCCGGCGCUGGCGGCGGCCUUGGCCACUUAGCCGUCCAGAUCGCAGCCAAGGGCAUGGGCCUGCGUGUGAUUGGCGUUGACCACGGGAGUAAAGAAGAGCUCGUCAAGGCGUCAGGCGCCGAGCACUUCGUGGAUAUCACCAAGUUCCCAACGGGCGAUAAAUUCGAGGCCAUCUCCUCGCACGUCAAAUCGCUUACAACGAAGGGUCUUGGUGCGCAUGCUGUCAUAGUUUGCACGGCGUCCAAUAUUGCUUACGCUCAGUCUUUGCUCUUCCUCCGGUACAACGGAACGAUGGUCUGCGUGGGUAUCCCCGAGAACGAGCCGCAGGCUAUCGCAAGUGCGUACCCAGGCCUGUUUAUCCAGAAGCAUGUGCAUGUCACUGGGUCGGCUGUCGGAAAUAGGAACGAGGCGAUUGAGACUAUGGAGUUUGCGGCGAGGGGUGUCAUUAAGGCGCACUUCCGGGAGGAGAAGAUGGAGGCCUUGACUGAAAUUUUCAAAGAGAUGGAGGAGGGGAAGUUGCAGGGGCGGGUGGUGCUUGAUCUUUCUUAG